AUGGCCGUCACACUGAAGCGCAAACGCGGCGCAGUCUCGUAUAAAGAGCCGAGCAGCGACGAAGAUCUCUCCGAAGGCUCCGGCUAUGAGCAGACGACAAGAAAGCGCACUGUCCCUACUCGACGAUCAACUCGCCGCCCACCAGCCGAGGAUGAAGCCGCCAGCGAGAGCGAUCACUCUCCACCAGAACCUGCCCCUAUCAAGCAGCAACGCGGCUCACGAAGCUCACGAAUUCGAGGAGCCCCACGGAUAUCAUACAAAGAUGUGAGCUCAGACGAGGAAGACGAAGAGGACCCCGAUGCCGACUUCGAGCUGGAGGAUGAGCGCGUCAUGACAGUGAGGACAAGGUCGCGCCCGGUUGCAGCGCCAUCACCACGACCAGAGAAGACAGGAGGUGCCAAAGGGAGUAGAUCGCGACGGAAAGCCGUCAUAGGCGCACCGCUGAAGCCAAACAAGGAGGCUCAAGUCGAGCGCAAGACGACUAUCCCCUCUGAUGGACACAAGCCGAUCUUCGUGUACGCCUCCCAUCCGCUCCACGACGAGAACAUGAAGCCCACCGCAUCGAUACCGUGGCUUGUGCAGAUGGCCAGGAUGUGCUCAACGUUCACAAAACCGGCUCUGACGGCUCUGUACCGCAACCCGCCCAUAUUCGCUAUCAGACAGACGCGCAAAGACCUCGUUCACCAUCUGAUCACUCCUCCACCAGGGGCCCACGAUGACUAUCGGGUCAUGGUCAAAAGAUUGGAGCUGGAUGCUACACAGAUGACUGCUUUGACGGAUCACGCAAACAGCGUGCAUGACCUUGCAGCCCUAGUCCGGUCAUUGACGACACUGCGGGAGAUUGACAUCUUUGAUCCAAUGGAUCGCCCACCCUUUCGCCCGCGGCUUAGACGACUUCGGCGCUGGGUAUAUCCUACCGAGCUCUUUGAUGCGCUUCGCCAGACCAGCCUCCGCUUGAGGAGUUGGCGAUGGAACAGCACGUUUUGUAGCCAAGGACCUCUAUGGAUCAAGACGAUCCACGAAGGAACAGCAUUUCAAAGCCUCCGCGAUGUGUCUCUCGUCAAAUUCCACCCCGAAGUUGUUCGCGAGGAUCCAGAAGAGGACAACGGUCGACCGACAGUGGAAGAGCUGCUAGCAUCUGCGUUGGCCGUGCUCCCUAAUCUCCGAAGUCUAUCCUUCGAGACUUGUGGUGUUGUCAGCGGGCGUCUCCUCCCAUUACUGCCCACUGAUCUCACCAGCCUCAGUAUCAUCAAUUGCGGCGAGCUACUCUCUGAUGCAUUCCAGGCUUUUCUGGCAACACAUGGCUCUCACCUCGAGGAGCUGACCCUCAAUCACAAUCAGGCUCUCGACAUGUCAUUCCUAGUCGACUUGAAGCGUUCUUGCCCUAAGCUCGAGGUCCUCAGAAUGGAUGCUACCUACUACAGCUCCCUUGUCAUGUCCUCGGAUAACGAGCCUCUUUACGAGACCCUUCUUGGCGAGAACGAAAUGCCCACCUGGCCAACAUCACUCCGUACCCUUGACUGCCAGUACUUGCGGAACUGGAAUUCGAAGUCUGCAGACAACUUCUUCAGCUCGCUCAUCAACUCUGCUGAAGAACUUCCCCGGCUUCAGGAGAUCACUAUCAUCGCAAUGGUGGACACCGACUGGCGGCAGAGAGCCGAGUUCAGACAGAAGUGGACUGCCAAGUUCAGAAAGGUCUUUGCCAGAAAGUGGGAAACACCUGAUCCCAGUCUUGCGUCUCUCAGAGCCUUUAGAGAAUGGAAGGCUCGCGGCGACGACGGGGACAAGGUGGACUCUUUCAUUGAAGGCGUCUCUGAAGAAAUGGCAGAGAAGGCUGACCCGGUCAUGGCAGACGACGCUAAUGGUAGCGAAAGUGACGCUCCUCUGUUACCGUCACGCGUGCAGAAGCAGGACGAACGCUGGGGUUCGAAGCGUCUUCGUUCUCGCUCAAAAGCAGCUCUAAGCUACGAUGAGGAGUCCAACGAAGAUGCUGCCUCGGAGGAAGAGGCGGCUUCAGAUGAAGAAGAGCCUGUUGUGCAAGGUCGAUGCCACACCGUCAUCUUCCGCAUCGACAACUUCCGACCACGCGAGGAAAUCUUCAACGAGGCCGACUUCCUUGACGCAGAGCCCAGUGGGGAUGAGGAGUGGAACGGCAACGAUAACGAAAAUGACGAUGGAGGCGGGUAUGCGUGGUGA